AUGGCGGGAGAGUUCUUCUCGGGUGCUGCUUCUAAUGCCGUAGGAACACUGAUGGUUGACUAUUUGGUGAAGCCAAUAGAACGUCGUCUUCGCUACUUAUUUCGUUUUCAUAAGUUAAUUGAAGACCUCCACCAACAGCAAAAAAAUCUGAAUAGAGAACAAACUCGGGUUGAAGAAGACGUUAAGGAGGCAAAAUUGCAGAUUCAAACUCAAGUGAUUGAGGACUAUGUAGAUGAAUGGCUGACAAAUGUGGACAAUGCCUUGAAAGAUGUACAGAAUUUGGACAGUAGAGUUGAAGAAAAUAAGAGAUGCUUCCGUUUGUGUCCUAAUUGGUGCUGGCGAUAUCAGUUAGGCAAGGAGAUAGAGAAGAAGACAGUGUAUAUCAGUAAACUUGUAGAAGACUCUCACUUUGAACGAAUCGGCCAUCGUGCGGAGCUUCCUGGCUUACAAUUCUUCACAUCUAAAGAUAUUUUGGCUUCCAAAUCUUCAACUGCUGCAUUCAACAAGAUCAUGGAAGCAUUAAAGGACGAUGAAGUUAACAUGAUCGGAGUGUGGGGGAUGGGAGGGGUGGGCAAAACCACCUUAGUCAAAGAAGUCGGUAAAAAAACCAAAGAGUUGGGAUGUUUUCGUAAAGUUAUUGAAGUUGUUGUGUCCCAAAAAUCAAUCAUUGAAAAUAUUCAAGAUAAAAUAGCAGAUUUCUUGGACUUAAAGUUCGAGAAGAAAACUAAAGAAGGGAUAGCAGGAGAAUUAUGGCUUCGAUUGGAAAAUGAAGAAAAGGUCCUCAUAAUCCUUGAUGAUAUGUGGAAUAAGGUCCACUUGAAAGACAUAGGCAUUCCGCUAAAUGAAAAUGGGAAGGGAUGUAAAAUCAUUUUGACAACACGUCUCUUGAAAGUAUGCGAAUCUAUGGAAUGCCAAGUUUUUGUUCCAGUUGAUGUUUUGGAUGAUGAUGAAGCAUGGACACUAUUCAGAAUGAAAGCUAAUCUUAAUGAAAGAGUUUCAAGGGAUAUUCUUGAGGAGGCUCAGAAAGUUGCAAAAGAAUGCAAGGGUCUACCGGUAGCGAUUGUAACGCUAGCAACGGCUCUAGAAAGUACAAAGACCCGUAAAGGAUGGGAAGUGGCCCGCAAGAAACUUGAAAGCAGUAGGUUAGUGGAAAUUGGUAACAUUGGAGAAGAAGAAAAAAAUGCCUACUUGUGUAUUAAGAUGAGUUACGAGCAUUUGAAGAAAGAGACGAACCAGAAAUGCUUCUUAUUGUGUGCUUUAUAUCCAGAGGAUCAUUCAAUUAAUGUGGAAGAUUUGGUGCGAUAUGCUUGGUGUUUGGAGUUAUUUGGCAAGGCCGAUUCAAUUGAAGAAGUGAGGAUUCAAGUUUUGGGAGCCAUUGAUUACCUCAUUCUUCCUUGCUAUUAA